AUGUCUCACUCUCACUCUCACGAUAUCGGCGUCAGCCACUCCCACGACGAUGCCACCGGCGGCCAUGGCCACUCGCACGAGAUCCUUGAUGGACCGGGCUCUUAUAUCCACCGAGAGAUGCCAUUGUCGGAAUCCCGGGACUGGAAAGACCGUGCCUUCACCAUUGGAAUCGGAGGACCCGUUGGAUCCGGCAAGACCGCCCUGAUGCUGGCGCUCUGUCAUGCCCUAAGAGACGAAUAUAACAUCGCAGCCGUGACCAACGACAUCUUCACGAGGGAAGACGCCGAAUUCCUCACCCGCCACAAAGCCCUGGCGCCGAACCGCAUCCGCGCCAUCGAGACAGGCGGCUGCCCGCACGCCGCCGUCCGCGAGGACAUCAGCGCCAACCUGCUCGCGCUGCAGUCGCUGCACAAGCAGUUCCAGACCGACCUGCUGCUGAUCGAGUCCGGCGGCGACAACCUGGCGGCCAACUACUCGCGCGAGCUGGCCGACUUCAUCGUCUACGUGAUCGACGUGGCCGGCGGCGACAAGGUGCCUCGGAAGGGUGGGCCGGGGAUCACGGGCUCGGACCUGCUGAUCGUCAAUAAGAUUGAUUUGGCGGAGAUCGUCGGCGCAGAUUUGGGGGUGAUGGAGCGCGAUGCGGCGAGGAUGCGGGAGGGUGGGCCCACCGUCUUCGCGGAGGUGAAGAAUGGGAAGGGCAUGGAGCAUAUUGUUGGGUUGAUUUUGAGUGCGUGGAAGAGCAGUGGUGCUUAUGAGGAGUGUUUGGGGCGGUGGAAGGCGGGCGGGCCGCGCGGUUCGGGGAGUGUUGAUGCUUAA